AUGGUGUCUUUUCGGGCUCUUAUCCUGACUCUGUUGCCAUUGGUUGCUAGAGCUGCUUCUUCAGAGUCAUCAGAUCAAUCAUCAUGUGUCAACCAGGCUGGCUUUGACAAGUGUGUUGCGGACGCCGAUGCUGCGCUCAAUACCUGUGUCAGCGACCAUUGUGGAGAUUCGGUCUGCGUUUCGAGCUGCAAGGGCGACGCAACUUGCAUCAGGAACAACUGCUCUGGCGUUAGUAAGGACUGUCUCGACAUCUGCGAGUGCACGCGCAACACUGCAGCUGUUGCUUGUGCAGCACGAGACUGUUGGAACCAGGUCUACUCCUGCGGAUAUGAUCAACUCGUCAUUUCAAUGACGGAAUCUUGCGCCAAUAGCGAAAUCGACCUCCAAGCCAUCCCUUACUUCCCUGCACCAGACUCAGCACCAGGAUCGUGCAGUUGCAACCAAGGCAAGCUGUACCUAACGCAGUCCAAGAUCUUGGACCAUCAAAACGCAACGCUCACGAACGAAACAAUGUUUGGGUUUACUACGAAUUAUGAUGAGCAGCAGAUUCUUCUGAAAUUCCGAGAGAUCUGCCCAGACACCCAACCGUCGCUUUUACUUGGCGGCGACCAAUUUGGCGGCGACCUGUUUUCGAAGUCGGCCUACGAUGUUCCUCCAGAAGAACAGUGUCCGGCAUUGUUGUCCAAGACCGACUGUGCAGGCGAAAUGGGGUACGGCGCAGCAGUAGGGGAUGUCAUGCCUACCUAUUACGCCGAAGACAAGCUCCCGCCCAACGGAACCGAGACACUGUACAACAAGGAAGGUGCGCUAGCAACGCCGACUCAAGCGACUAUAGUCUGGACGCCAGCCUUAGGAGACAUCCCUAUCACGAUUGUUGCCGCGCAGGCGAGCAAAGGUACCAGCAAAGGAUCUACAACGGCGGCAAGCGGCGCAACAGCAGCUAGCAAAGCCGGCAAUGGAGCGACUUCUGGCGCUCAGAGUGCUACUUCUGCUGCUGCUUCUGCUCCUGCUUCGACUACACCCAAUGCAGCACCAAGAGCAGAUGUGUCGUGGUUUGCUUUGACAUUCUGCAUGGUCGCCAUGGUUGUCUACUUCUGA